AUGUUACCGAAAUCAAAAUGGGAUGGUCUCGUCAAGACUGUUGCCGAGCUCGGAUUAGCGAGUCUUCCAGAACAGGUUGACGAGUCUUUUCUCAAGACGCUUCACCACAUCUUGCUGGAAACACACAUUGAACAAUUGCUCACGUUUAUUCCAUCAAAGAUGGUAUACCGAACAUGUUACUUUCUGAGAAUGAAGUCUAGAUGUCGACAUUGGGUGCCACUGGAAAAAAAAUCUUUAUCUAAGAGCUACAACAUGUUAUAA